AUGACGAGUUAUAUUGUGGUGCUAAGACUGGCAAUGCUCAUCGACGAUUUCGACUACGAUGCCGGCCAAACGUCUGGGAAUGUACCAGAUACACGGUCUGACUCUGGAACUUAUCAUGUACACUAUGGACUCCAGACUAUGUGCGUUCCUCCAGGUCUUCCUACCGAUAUGACCAGGUUGCCUAAACAGGGUCAGACAACUUCUAUACAACGAAAGGAGACUGCAACCAUACAAAAGGCUAGACCAUCUUGGUUUUCAUACCUUUAA